CCAGGAAGGGAAACACCCAAUUGCUGCUGCUGCAGGUGGGGCAUAUUUCUGAGCUCAGGAAAGUGAAACUAACCCUGUGACACUGUCCAGAGGGAGCCAUGGCCACAGACAACCCCGUGGAAAGUCUCCAGGAGGAAGCUACAUGCCCCAUCUGUCUGGAGUAUUUAAAGGACCCUGUGAUUAUAGAUUGUGGGCACAAUUUCUGCCGAGCCUGCAUCACCCAGUGCUUGGAGGGAUCGAAUACAGACGUCUCCUGCCCUCAGUGCAGAGAAACUGUGCAACAGGGAAACCUCAGGCCGAACAGGCGGCUGGCAAAUGUUGUGGAAAUAGCCAAACGGCUGAGUUUACAGGCAGCAAAGGGAGCAGGAGAGGAGAGGGUGUGUGGGGAACACCAGGAGACUCUGAAACUGUUCUGUGAAGAGGAUCAAACCCCCAUCUGUGUGGUGUGCGACAGAUCCCGGGCUCACCGCGCUCACACAGUGGUUCCCAUAGAGGAAGCUGCCCAGGAGUACAAGGAGAAACUCCAGGGAGCCCUGCGCCCUCUGAGGAAGGAGCUGGAAGAGGCCCUGGCUCUGAUGUCUGAAGAGGAGGAGGAGAUCACAGAGUGGCAGCCAAGGCUGGCCGAGCUUUCUGAGCUGCAGGAGGGGCCAGUCUGGCUGCUGUGGUCUGACCUGGGCCGUGUGUUCCUGGGUAACAAGCUGAAUCCUACGGGCCCCUCGUCUGCUCUGAGCACAGCCCAGUGUGAGGAUGGGGCAGAGAGAACAGAGACCCACCCAGCUGCGAUGGCUUCUGCAGCUACAGCAGGGGAAGUUCAAGAUGACACUAUUUGCUCCAUCUGCCUGGGGUAUCUGACAGAGCCGGUGACUAUCACGUGUGGGCACAACUUCUGCCGAGCCUGCAUUGCCCAGUACUGUGUGGAAAAGGGAGCGGGGACACCCCUGACCUGUCCCCAGUGCAGAGCCCAGUUCCAGAAAGGGGAGUUCAGGCCCAACACCCAGCUGAGCAACAUUGUACAAAAGCUCAAACAACUGGGGUUAAAACCAGGAAAAGGACAAAAGGAGGAUCUGUGUGAGAGACACAAGGAACGUCUCAAACUCUUCUGUGAGGAGGAUGGAGAAACCAUUUGCUGGAUGUGUGAGAAAUCCCGGGACCACAAGUCUCACACAGUGGUUCCCAUUGAGGAGGCUGCCCAGGAGUACAAGGAGAAACUCCAGGGAGCCCUGGGCCCUCUGAGGAAGGAUCUGGAGGAUGCCCUAGCGCUGACGUCUAAAGAGAAGGAGAAAACCACGGAGUGGCAGGGGAAAGUGAAGAACAAGAGAGAGAUGAUUGCAGGUGAAUUUAACAAACUGCACACACUGCUGAGAGAGGAGGAGCAGCUGCUUCUGCAGAGCCUGGAGGAGGAGGAGAGGGAGACUCUUCAGAGACUAAGGGAAAAUGUCACAAAACUCUCCCAGCAAAGCUCCUCUCUGCAGCAGCUGAUCACAGAGAUAGAGGAGAAGUGUCAGCAACCAGUUGUCGAACUGCUAAAGGAUAUGAAAAGCGCAUUGAGCAGAAGUGAGAAUGUGAAACUCCAGGAACCAGAAGCUGUUUCUACUGAUCUGAAGAACGUGUAUAAAAUUUCCCUUGACAUGAAGGAAGCACUGAAGAGAUUCAUAGUGGACGUGACUCUGGAUCCAGACACAGCUCAUCCCUGGCUCGUCCUGUCUGAGGAUCGGAAACGUGUGAGACACGGAGACACACGCCAGGAUCUGCCCGACAACCCUGAGAGAUUUGAUACUUGUGUCUCUGUCCUGGGCACUGAGGGGUUCGUGGGCGGGAGGCGUUACUGGGAGGUGGAGGUGGGAGACAAGACAGGCUGGGACCUGGGGGUUUGUAGGGAAUCUGUGAGCAGGAAGGGGCAGGUCAGACUCUCACGUGGGAAUGGAUACUGGGCCGUGGUGCUGAGGGAUGGGGGAUACGAGGCCUGCACCUCCCCCCCAACCCCCCACCCCAUGAGCGUCAGGCCCAGCCGGGUGGGGAUUUUCCUGGACUAUGAGGCGGGCGAGGUCUCGUUUUACAAUGUGACUGACAGGUCCCAUCUCUUCACUUUCACUGGCACCUUCUCCAGGACUCUCCACCCUUAUUUCAGUCCUGGUCUCAACGCUGGGGGUACAAACUCAGCUCCCCUGAUAAUCUGCCCGGUCCCAGCUGGAGCCAUGGCCACAGACAACCCCGUGGAAAGUCUCCAGGAGGAAGCUACGUGCCCCAUCUGUCUGGAGUAUUUUAAGGACCCAGUGACUAUAGACUGUGGGCACAAUUUCUGCCGAGCCUGCAUCGCCCAGUGCUGGGAAGGAUCGAAUACAGACAUCUCCUGCCCUCAGUGCAGAGAAACUGUGCAACAGGGAAACCUCAGGUCGAACAGGAAGCUGGCAAAUGUUGUAGAAAUGGUCAAAAGGUUGAGUUUACAGGCAGCAAAGGGAGCAGGAGAGGAGAAGGUGUGUGGGGAACACCGGGAGACUCUGAAACUGUUCUGUGAAGAGGAUCAAACUUCUGUCUGUGUGGUUUGCCAUCUGUCCCGGGAUCACAGAGAUCACAGGGUGGUUCCCAUAAAGGAAGCUGCCCAGGAGUACAAGGAGAAACUCCAGGGAGCCCUGGGCCCUCUGAGGAAGGAGCUGGAAGAGGCCCUGGCUCUGAUGUCUGCAGAGGAGGAGGAGAUCACAGAGUGGCAGGGGAAAGUGAAGAAUAGGAGAGAGAUGAUUGCGGGUGAAUUUAACAAACUGCACACACUGCUGAGAGAGGAGGAGCAGCUGCUUCUACAGAGCCUGGAGGAGGAGGAGAAGGAGACUCUGCAGAGACUAAGGGAAAAUGUAACCAAACUCUCCCAGCAAAGCUCCUCUCUGCAGCAGCUGAUCACAGAGCUAGAGGAGAAGUGUCAGCAACCAGUUGUUGAGCUGCUAAAGGAUGUGAAAAGCACAUUGAGCAGGAGUGAGAAUGUGAAACUCCAGGAACCAGAAGCUGUUUCUACUGACCUGAAGAACGUGUAUAAAAUUUCCCUUGACAUGGGGGAAGCGCUGAAGAGAUUCGGAGUGGACGUGACUCUGGAUCCAGACACGGCUCAUCCCAACCUCGUCCUGUCUGAGGAUCGGAAACGUGUGAGACUUGGAGACAAACGCCAGGAUCUGCCCAACAACCCUGAGAGAUUUGAUCCUUAUGUCUUUGUCCUGGGCGCUGAGGGGUUCGCGGGCGGGAGGCGUUACUGGGAGGUGGAGGUGGGAGACAAGACAUGCUGGAACCUGGGGGUUUGUAGGGAAUCUGUGAGCAGGAAGGGGCAGGUCACAGGCACACCUGAGGAUGGAUACUGGGUCAUGGUGCUGAGGGAUGGAGGAUACAAUGCCUGCACCUCCCCCGCAACCCCCCUCCCCGUGAGCAUCAUGCCCAGCCGGGUGGGGAUUUUCAUGGACUAUGAGGUGGGCGAGGUCUCGUUUUACAAUGUGACUGACAGGUCCCAUCUCUUCACUUUCACUGACACCUUCUCCGGGCAGCUCCACCCUUAUUUCAGUCCUGGUCUCAACCCUGGGGGUACAAAUGCGGCUCCCCUGAUAAUCUGCCCGGUCCCAGCUCAGGCCGGAGGGAAUCUCUGUCCCUGACAGUGACCCCGCCGCACAGACUGGCCCCUCCCAGCCCUGCUGCUCUUCCCGUCCCCAGUG